AUGAAGAAUGAGAAAUCAAAUAAUGAAUCAAAUAACGAGGGAGAUUUAUAUUAUGAUGAUAUAGAUUCACUUGCUCGUUUGAAUAAAGCAACACUCAUAGAUCAAAAAUUAUCACCAAUUGAAUUAACUAUAAAAUAUACAGUUCAUGAUUUUACUUCAUAUAUGCAAAAACAAGAAGAAUAUUCAAAAUUAUCACCAGAUGAACGUCCACCAUUGUUUUUAUUACCUGAAGGAAGACUAUUAUAUAAAGUAAUUAAAUUUGAACAUGAUUUUGCACCUGGUUGCUUUGGAUAUACUUUUGAAUUAGUACCUAACUCUUGUAAAGAUGUAGAUUAG